AUGGGGAAGGCGCGCUUCCAGUCAAACCCGUACCCAGACCUCGUGCUCUCACACGAAGACCAGGCGCUGCUGCUGGAUCUGACCAACACGCUCGUGCAGCAGAAUCUCGUCCAGUACCAGCGCUUUGUGGUGCACGACAAGCGCCAGGUCGACCCGAAGCAAUGGAAGCACGUCAAGUCUCGCAACGAUAUCCACGUCCACGUGCGUCGAGAUGACCGCCAAGCGCUCCGCUCCACCCCGGCUGACAAAACUACCGUGAUGCUGAGCGUCGGGACGUUCCCUGGCCAAAUGGACGACCUCAUGCUGGGCGUGAUGAACCCGACACUCGACUCCAUGCGCCUGAAGGCCUCGUACGUCCACGACGUGAGCGACGCGGCCAUCCUCGCCCCGAUCCUCGAACCAACCGAGGAGGACCCUUUUCUCUCGGUCGUCGUCAAGUGGAUGCAGCGCGACCUGCCGCUCGAGACCACGAACCUCGUUAAGAACCGCGACUCCGUCUACGUGGAAGCCACCGGCGUUCUGCACUUUGCUACUGGGGAACGCAUCGGCUACCACCUCAUGCACUCGAUCGACUUCCCCCAGACCCGGGCGCUACCCAACGUCGUGCGCGGCAACAUGUCCAUCUGCUGUAUGUUCCGCCAGUUGAGCGAGAACGUGAUCGACAACCACUCGUUCAGCAUUCUGGAGCCUGGUGGAGAGCUGCCGCGCUUCCUCAUGCCUCCCAUUGCCGCUGAAGGGCUGCUCUCGGCCAUCAACUACGAGCCGUGCGGCCAGAUGACCAAGUUGGCGUGGCUCAUGCAGCAGAAGCGUCCGAGCCCAGUUUCCAGGACAGAUCAUAACGUCUGUGUGACGUGCUCCAACCGAGUGACGAGAGGAAGCUUGGGCAGCAUCGGCAGCGGAACGUGCAGAAUCUGCUUCGACGCAGUGUGCCGGUCCUGCAAAGUGCGCAAGCGAGUGACGAGGAUCGCCCACGACGGAAAAUUGCGCCAGCCCAAGCGCACCUUUUGCGUCUUCUGCGCCCAUGAAGCGUCGACGCUGGACGCGACUGAAGUCGCAAGGAAGAUGGCCAGAGGAUACGGCAUCAGUAAAGUGCAGUCGCUAGUCGCCACCUCGUCGACGUCCUCGUCCUUGGCCGACUCGCAUCAGUCGAGCUAUAAUAAGUAA